UGAGGAGUUGAGUUGAGAUAGCAUUAAUUAUAUCGUAAAAGAUAAAUAAAUAAAAAAAAUGCCAUACCAUGCUUUCCCAGUGCUCAACCAACAAUUUUUAGUUGAUACUAAAUUUGAAUUUAUACGCGAAUUAGGCCAAGGAGCUUAUGGCGUCGUAUGUGCAGCAAAAAAUACCGAAACCGGCGAGCAAGUAGCAAUUAAAAAAGUAACAAAAGUCUUUGAGAAAAACAUUCUAGCAAAACGCGCAUUACGAGAAGUUAAGCUGCUAAGACAUUUUAAUGGCCACGAAAAUAUUACAUCAAUCUUAGACAUGGAUAUUACCAAUGUUCAAGAUUUCAACGAAAUUUACUUAUUUCAAGAGCUUAUGGAGGCUGACCUUCACCAAAUUAUACGAUCCGAACAGCCAUUGACUGACGCGCAUUUUCAGUAUUUUAUUUAUCAAAUUUGUCGAGGGUUAAAAUAUAUUCAUUCAGCAAAUGUUUUGCAUAGAGACCUGAAGCCUGGAAAUCUUUUGGUAAAUGCAGAUUGUGAACUUAAGAUAUGUGAUUUUGGUCUCGCGCGUGGCUUCUCUGAUUCGCCAGACCAUAAUGCUGGUUUCAUGACUGAAUAUGUUGCAACACGGUGGUAUAGGGCGCCCGAAAUUAUGCUAAGUUUUCAAAACUAUACAAAAGCUAUUGAUAUGUGGUCCGUUGGUUGCAUCUUCGCUGAAAUGUUGGGCGGCAAACCUUUAUUUAAGGGUCGCGAUUAUGUCGACCAAUUGAAUCAAAUUUUGGGAAUCUUGGGUACUCCUGAUGAAGAAACCUUGAGGAGAGUUGGAAGUGAACGGGCUCAAAUUUACAUUAGCAGCUUACCAAAAAUGCCAACGAUUCCCUUUUCACAACUCUAUCCAAAGGCAAAUCCUUUAGCCCUCGAUCUAUUAGAGAAACUUUUAAAAUUCGAUCCAGCAACGAGGAUUACUGUAGAACAGGCACUGGCACAUUCAUAUUUGGCGGCCUAUCAUGACGAAGAAGAUGAGCCUGCUCAUGAACAUAUGUUUGAUUUUUCGUUUGAAAGCGUAGAGUUAAUAGAAGAUAUGAAAAAAAUGAUUGCCCAAGAAGUUAUGUCCUUUAAAGCUUCAAAACAAGCAGCCUUGGGUUUAAAUAGACAGCUGGGCCGUAAAUCAAGUUUGUCAGCUCCUGACCGAGAUUCAUUGUCUCAACAACGUCAACAAAAUAAUAAUCGUAAUUCAAUGUAUGAGUAUGGUGCUGCUAGCCAACACGCCGCCAUUCCUUCAGCAAGCAUGGAAGUGGACGAACAGCUAGAACAAGAACUAGGCGGACUUGUUAAGGAAAAUGCGCAUCACUUACAGUAAUUAUUUUGUUGGUCAUAAUCAUUUUCAGUUAUCUUCCGACUUGUUUGAUUGGUUUGAUUUAUAAUUUAAUUAAAACAAAAUGGAAAUAGAGCAAAUACCUAUUCUAAUUUAUCUUGUAUUUUACACUACUAAUAUAAAUAAAUCUAAAUUAAAUUCAGGUUUAAAAUAACGGUGCAUUUAGAUCAUGUAGCAUGUAAAUUAAAAUUUUUAUGCAGUACUAUACAAAAUUUGCUAGUGAUGAUUUUCAUAACUUUCAUAACUUAAUAAAAUUUUGCACAUCAAGA